GUUGUCCAGCCCAGGACUCUAUCCCAGGACUCCAGACAGAUGAUCAGUCUCCUCACGUUCAGCCACCUUUGAAUCAGUCUGAACCCAUUUAUGAAGUUGAUCCCGAGGAUCAUGAAGAACACAUAUACAUGUGUCCUGAUCCGGGUCCUCCACCUGCUGGGCUUCAGCCAGAGAGUCAACCACUUCCUGUUCAGCCUGUCAUGAAUCCGCCUGGUCCAAGUAAUCCAGUACCUCACCAGGUUCAAUCAUACACAGGUUGUCCAGCCCAGGACUCUAGCCCAGGACUCCAGACAGAUGAUCAGUCUCCUCACGUUCAGCCACCUUUGAAUCAGUCUGAACCCAUUUAUGAAGUUGAUCCCGAGGAUCAUGAAGAACACAUAUACAUGUGUCCUGAGCUGGAUCCUCCACCUGCUGUGCUUCAGCCAGAGAGUCAACCACUUCCUGUUCAGCCUGUCAUGUAUCCGCCUGGUCCAGUGAACGCACCUUACAUAUUUCAGCCGAAUAAAGACUAUCCAGUCCAGAGCUACCUUCCAUGUGCCAUACCUCAGACAGCGGGACCUGGACUGGUUCCUCCAGCCAUGGGACUGGAGCCACAGAAUCAACCACUUCCAGUUCAGACAGUCAUGAAUCCACCUGAUCCAAGUAAUCCAGCAGCUCACCAGCUUCAGUCAUACACAGUAGGCUACCCAGUCCAGAAUUACCCUGCAUAUACCAUAGCUCAGACAGCGGGGCCUGGACUGGUUCCCCCAGCCACGGGGCUAGAGCCACAGAAUCAACCACUUCCUGUUCAGACAGUCAUGAAUCCGCCUGAUCCAAGUAAUCCAGCACCUCACCAGGUUCAGUCAUACACAGGUCAUCCCCUCCAAAACAACCUUUCAAAUCCCAUGCCUCAGUCAGAAGUCAUAGACCUUCAGUCAGAGAAUCAACAACCUCCAGUUCAGUCAGUCUUGAAACAGCCUGAUCCAAGCAGCCAAGUACUUCACCAGCCUCAGCCAUAUGCAGCACCUGCACUUCCUCCACCAGUUCUACUUUUUGGAGUACCACCCGGUCUCGAGUACCUCACUCAGAUCAACCAGAUACUUAUUCACCAAAAAAUAGAGUGUAUAAAGAUGUUAACUGGCUUUGAGACAGACAACCAGUAUGAGAUCAAGAACAGCAUCGGGCAAGAGAUCUACCAUGUUAAAGAAGAGAGUGACUGCUUAAUACGCAAUCUCUUUGGUCCAGCACAUGGUUUUAAAAUGCAUAUUAAGGACAGCAUGGACCAAGAGAUCAUUCAGUUGCACAGACCAAUGCGCUGCUUCCUGCAAGAGAUGGAGGUCCAGGCUCCUCCUGGAGUAAUCAUUGGCUAUGUGAAACAGGAAUGGUCCGUCAUACCAACAUUCACCAUCCUGGGCCCCAAUUAUGAGGAACUACUGAAGAUCCAGGGACCCAUCCUCCCAUUCCUUCGCUGUAGUGAUGUAGACUUUGAGGUUAAAGGCAUUAUUGGUGAACAAUCUAUUGGUCGAAUCACAAAACAACAGAGUGGUUUAAUAAAGCAAUGCUUCACUGAUACCAGCAACUUUUGUAUCCAGUUCCCUCUGGACUUGGAUGUUAAAAUGAAGGCUGUACUUUUGGGUGCUUGCCUCUUUAUUGACAUCAUGUUCUUUGACAAAGGUGGACAUUUACUUCUAAAAUUAUUAAGGGUAUCAUGAAAUGCCUUCCUUUUCUUUUUCUUUUUUUUUAAGGUUGUCUAAAUUUUAGUGCCCAGUCUCUGAGAGGCAAGUAUGAAGUCUGUUAGGAUUAAUAAGGACUUGGAGCAAAUCCAAUUUUUGCAUAUGCAGAUAUUUUGAUGAGUCUGCUUUCCAUUUGAGGGAGUUUGCUUUUUAGAGAACUGCUUUUCUCUUCUCCUAUAGCAGAAACAGUCAUAUGCAGGCGGUUUUAGUGAGAGUGUGAUAUGGUCUGAAUGACAGUGUACAUACUAAUGCCAUCAUAUUAGUAUAUGGUGAUAUGGCAACCUUUGUCAAGAUGGAGAAACCUACACAGUUAAAUGAACUCAUGGGGCCUCAUCUGUUCAAUGAACGGAAUAUUCUUUAGUUCUACAUUCGUUUUUAGUGCUUUCAGCACACAUGCAUUGUUAGGAAAAUAUUGAACAAUGUGUUUUCCAGAACCUUGCAGUUUUAUUUGUACGGCACAAACUAACCAAAUGUACUGGCAUUUAGCUGUAACACUUGCAAAAUGUUUUAGCUCUCGUAAUCAUUUUUAGACAAAACUUACAAU